AUAUGAGAUUAUUGAAAAAUGGCAAAAGCAACCGUAUACUGUCAUAUCAAAUUCAACAGAUCUGAAAUUAUUUAUCAACUCCUUUCGGCUCUUUUCGUACUGACCUGCAAGGGCUUGGUGGUGAUGACUAGUAGAACAUUAUAAUGUUCUGUGAGCAGCCGGCGCCAGAACCGGAGAAGAAAGUCUGUCGCUGCAAGAAUUGUGUACUCCGCCAUUCGGAUAUCCUUCCCUGGCCCGAACCUCUUGGAUUCAUGGCUGAACGAGACAAUGAUAAAGAUGGCCACAACAGUCGUCGGGUGUCCACCCGAACAAUACCCUCGAUGGACAGCGUCUAUACCUUAAGAGAUGGCACGGAGAAGCAGCAGAACGAUCCUUACAAAAAUCAGAACAAUAAUCGUAACGAUCCGACUAUAUCUAGUUAUCCGGCACCAUAUAAUCGACACGAGGGCACCACUCCUGCAAACCAGGGGGGUACGACUCCAGCUUAUUAUGGAACUGGUGGCAAUACGCCAAUAAGGACAUUGCCAACACAGCAGCAGCAGCAGCCAGCUCAACCCACCAUCCUGCUGAUUGUGGUCAACAAGAACGAUCCACCACCGGGCAGAGGGUACCCCGGGUACCCUGGUCCAGGAGCUGGGUAUCAAAGCCAAGGACGAAGCCCAAGAUAUCAGGGUCAAGGGCCAUAUCAAGGUUUAGGUCCCAGGGACUUUCCAGGUCCAGGAGGAGGACCACCAAGAUAUUACUAUCCACCACCUGGACCUGGAAACGGACCCAGGGGAAGGCCAAGACCUAACUAUGAACGUGAACAUGUUCGCUAUAAUCAACGUCGUUAUAGCGACGGUUUGAGUAACAGUCGAAAUGGGUACCAAGAUAGAUACCAGGAUAGGUCCCAGGAUAGAUACCAGGAUGACUGGAACGGACAGCCAAGAUAUUCUUAUGCCGGCCAGCCACGAAUACUUCGCCGUCCAGAAGAGCGACGCAAUUGUCGCUGUGGUCUUCCAACGGAGAAAUCUCAACCGGAAAGCCCGCCAAGUCCACCAGAUAAUGACGAUGUCCUUCGGGAUCAGCUUGAAGCAAGCAAUAAAAAGAAAAGCAAGCAACGCCUAGUGGGCAGCGGAAUUGGCAAUACAGAAUCGGGGAGAAAUGGAAAUAUGGGGUCACCAAUUAACACAACGGAAUAUUAUGCAGAUAGCGAAAGUCCGCAGGAAGUGAUUGUGACCGAUGCCAAAAACAAGACAUACAAAUGCAUACAAGUACCUAUUUGCAUCUCAACUGGAAAAACGAAUACCUGUCGCUGUUGCAAAUGUGCCCCCCUCGAGGAUCCGGAAAAAGAGGAAUCAUUGGAUGAGGAGGCGGAGUGCGUGUGCAAUCAAAAUGGAAAGUGCACCUGUGUUCCCGGCGAAAUGUUCCAAGAUGAAAAUGCCUGCCAGUGCGAUCUGACCAAUUUGGAGAGAAUUCUUCGAGAACUAAUACCAAAUACCGAUUGCAUGUGCUACUUAAAGAAGAAACGACGCAGGCGUCGCAAGAAGUGGACUCCAAAAGUCUAUUACGAUCGGUUUGCCAAUCCUCCGUUUGUCCUUAAUCCAAAACCCAGAUGCCUGGAUUACGGCAUCAGUCCUUUCCGUAAUCCUUGCUAUAACCCUUGCUGCUGUGCGCCAGUUGGAAAGAGCUGCUACAACUGUGACUACGGCUGUAGGUGUUAGGAUCACAUUUUUCGAUGAUUGCUGACGAUUUCCGACCAUCCAACAGAUCCUCAAUAUUUUGUCAGCUGAUGCCAGAAAACUUCUUGCUCUGACGUUUUCUGACAAUUUUUGAGGAUCUCAGAUAAAUAUAAUAUAAUGUCAGAAUAAAAACUUAUCUUAUGAGUGAUCUAGCAUAUCCUAUCUUUUAAUGCAGAUCUCUAUUAAACCUUCCAGAAUACCAAUAAACAAAAAAUAAUAUUCCUACA